AUGGUAGUUGAUCUUGCAUUUGAUAAAUUAUCAAAAGAUGCUGGAGUUAUAUUAGUUAUUGGUAUUUUAUUUGCAAUGAUUAGUUCAUCUCGUUUAUUUGUUGCUAUUGAUAAAACUCUGACUAUUAUUUAUCGUUUACAUGAACGUUCAUUUCUACGUCAAUAUUUAAUGGCAAUUGCUCUUUUAUUAGCAUUCAUUAUGAUAUUUAUAUUAAUGCUUGUUGCUAGUUCAGUACCAUCUGCUUUAAUGAAUACAGUUAGAGGAGAUGCCGCUCGUUUUGGUCUAUUUAUAGCUGGUAUAUUAAUAUCAUUAUCAAUAUCGUUUGGUCUUUUUCAAAUGAUUUAUCGAUUAACUCCAAAUAAAAAGAUGAGUUUAAAAAAAACAUGGUGUGGAGCAUUGAUUGCUGCUAUCAUUUUAGAAUUAUUUAUCAUUUUAUUUCCAUUAUAUGUACGAAAAUUUAUGAGUAACUAUGCCGGUAACACAUUUUUAUUUCAAAUUUUAUUUAAAAAAUUCGUUUACUGUUUUUUACUUUUCUUUCUUUCUUCAUUUUUUCGAGGUCAAAUUGGUUUUGCAGUCAUUCUUAUUAUCUUUUUUUAUUAUUUUGCUAUUAUACUUAUAUUUGGUGCUCAAAUAAAUUCUUACUUUUUUGAAAAUAAUUCUCCAUUGAAAGAUACUCUUGGUACAUAUAUUAGUCAAAUAUAUCAAGAGCAUCAUGAUGAAAACAUUACUAAUUCUUCAUUUAAUGAAAAUAAUAAUCAACAAGAUUUAUCAACUAAUAAUGAACAUAAUCAAAUAAAUAAUGUUCGAUGGAUAAACAAACUGUGGCCAUUUAAAAGACGAUAUUCUAUUGAACCACUAUCACAAUCAAAUAAUUCUACUUAG